AUGUCAGAUUCGAACACAACCGACUUCACCAACCCCUCCGCCUUCAUCCUACUUGGCAUUCCUGGCCUAGAGGCAGCCCAUAUCUGGAUCUCCAUUCCCAUCUGUGCUAUGUACGCCAUAGCCGUGUUGGGGAACUUCAAAAUCCUGUUCAUCGUGAAGAGGGAGCCAAGCCUCCAUGAGCCCAUGUACUAUUUCCUCUUCAUGCUGGCUGUCACCGACUUUGUCAUGUCCACAUCCACCAUACCCAAAAUGCUGAGCAUUUUCUGGUUCAAUUCCAGGGAGAUCAGUUUCAGUGCCUGCCUCACCCAGAUGUACUUCGUUCAUUCAUUCUCAACAAUGGAGUCUGGAAUGCUUGCCGCCAUGGCUUUUGAUCGCUACGUGGCCAUCUGCCAUCCUCUGAGAUAUUCCACUACCCUGACAAACUCUGCUGUGGCCAAAAUAGGCUUGGCCGUGGUGCUGCGUAGUGGCAUACUCACAUUACCCUAUCCCUUUCUGGUGAGGCGGUACCCAUAUUGCAGAACCAACAUCAUCCCCCACUUCUAUUGUGGGCAUGUAGCCGUGGUGAAACUGGCCUGCGCUGACAUCCGCAUCAUUACUUUGUACAUCCCAGAUUUAUUCUCCUCUUUCAUGCAGCGGUUUGGCGACAAUGUGCCGCUACGUUUCCUCAUUCUUAUUACCAGUGUGUACCAGGUGGUGCCCCCCAUGAUACACCCCAUCAUUUACGGCAUGAGGACCAAACAGAUCCGGGACAGACUGCACAGGCUUUUUACUCAUAAGUAUGCCUAA